AUGACAACCCAACCUCCACUCGUAGGCCUAGCCGCCGCCCUCGCAUCACAGCCCCCCACGCGCACUGUGUUCGCACAAUUCUCGCUCGUCGAGAAGGUGGCUUUUGUCACUGGGGGCGGGCGUGGAAUCGGUCUUGAAGUAGCGGCAGCCUUCGCAGAGGCUGGCGCUAUCGUGUAUUGCCUGGGCCCAUCAAAGCAGCCACAUAAUGACUUUGUUACUGUCCAGGAAUUCGUUGCGCGGAUGCCCCCACUGGCGGAAAACGUGAAGAAUGGAAAAAUGGAAUAUAUCAGCGGCGACGUGACGGAUCAGAAACAGAUGUGGAAGAUCGCUGAGGAUAUCGUAGCGAGGGAAGGAAGACUCGAUAUCUGUUUCGCGAACGCGGGUAUUCUCGCAGGCGCGGAUUGUCUUGAAUAUUCAGCAGAGGAUUUCACGAAGAUAAUAAAUGUGAAUGUGAAUGGCGUACUGUACACUGCGCAAGCCGCCGGAAGGCAGAUGGAGAAACUGGGAAUUCCAGGGAGCAUUAUCCUGAAUGCAAGCAUGGCCGGGAGUAUCUGUAUUCGAAAUCAAAAAUGGGUCGCGUACACCACAAGCAAGUCUGCCAUAAUUCAGAUGGCUCGAUCUAUGGCUUGCGAGCUCGGGUCGAAAGGAAUCCGCGUGAAUUCGGUGAGCCCAGGGUACAUAUACACCAAGAUGACGAAAGCAUUCCUGGAUAGUCAUCCCGACUUGAUGGAAGAGUGGUGUUUGCAAAACCCCCUUGGUAGGCUAGGCCGAACGGACGAAUCGAGGGGAGUCUGUUUGUGGCUGGCAAGCGAUGCCUCGACCUUUUGCACGGGUAGCGAUAUCAUUGUGGACGGCGGGCACCGUGCGUGGUAG